AUGAGAGCUGCACGAGUUCGGUCAACGUCCCCAGGGGGGAAACGGUACGGCUUCCCUGGACACGUGGCACCGUCAUCCGCCAUUGAGAUACACGACAAUGUCCCCAAACCACGUGUCUCCAAGCCCGGCGAGAUCUUGGUCCAAGUGAAGGCCUCCACCGUCUACAAGGACAAUCUCGAGUGGAAUGAACUGUACCCCCCGAACCAUGCCACGUUGGGAAACGAUUUCUCCGGCAUCGUCGUCGCCGUGCACGACAAUGAGCCAGAGUUCCGUCCUGGGGACCACGUCUUUGGCAUGACACAUGCGAAUCGCGGGGGCACUUGGGCCGAGUACGCCAUCGUCAUGACGGAAGAGGCCGUCAAGAAGCCGGACAAUCUGUCGUGGGAGGAGGCGGCCGCAAUUCCUGGGAGCGCCCUCACGGCUGAUCAAGCCUUGUUCAAGCAUAUCGGGCUCGAGACAGCUGCCACAAAGCACGGAAAGCGGAGAGUUCUGAUUACCGGCGCGGGCGGCGGCAUUGGCACGUUUCUUGUCCAAUUUGCCGCCUUAGCUGGACACUACGUCGUGGCCGCGUCUAGCUCAAAGGAGCGUGACGAGUCGUUUCUGCGCUCUAUUGGCGCCCAAGAGGUGGUGGAGUACGGGGAACUGUCCACUGUGGACAAGGUCGACGUCGUGGUUGAUUCUGUUGGGUCCGAUGUGCUUGAGGACUGCUGGAGUGUGGCGAAGCCAGAGGGCAGCACCAUAUUGUCUUUUGACGCCUGCAGCUGGGGGUACAGGGAGAAGCACGCAGAGCUCGGCCUCAGCAACGGCAAGGAAGGCACUCGGGCACUUUACAUGAUUGCCGAGCCCUCGAGGGAGAGCAUGGCGCGCAUCACGGAACAUUUGAAGCAGGGGAACAUCAAAGGGCGUGUUUCCAAGACGGUGUCGUUGAGUGACGUCCGGAAAGCAUAUGAGUCCGCGCAUUCUCGAGGUUUGGGGCGUGGGAAGAUUGUGGUGCGCAUCUAA